GACCAAAUUCAGAGCCGUUUGGAGAUUUUGAAGAAAGAGAGAGAAGAGAUUCGGUCAUUUAAAUUUAACGGGGAAAGUAAAAGCCGGGAACUGCUGAAACAGCUAGAAACUGAGAAGCGGAAGAUUGUGUUUGAAUUUCAGCAAUUGAGCCAGUUUUUGAAGGAACAAAAGCGACUCUGGCUGGCCCAGCUGGAAGACCUGAAUAAAGAAAUUAAAAAGAGGAGGGCUGAAUAUGUUGCCAAAUUAUCUGAGGAAAUAUCUGCUUUCAGCUCCCUGAUCCAGGAGAUGGAGCAGAAGUGCCAGCUGCCAGCGAGGGAAUUCCUGCAGGACAUCAAAGGCACCGUGAGCAGAUGUGAGAGGGAGAAGUUUCAGAACCCAGUGGCCUUUUCUUCUGAACUGAAAUGGAGAAUCUGGGAAUCUUCUCAAAACUCUGCAGUUCUGCUGACCAUAGUGAAGAAAUUCAAAGACUCACUGUCGUCUAGACAGCGGUUGGACGAAGCGAACGUGACUCUGGAUCCAGACACGGCCCAUCCCGACCUCACCGUGUCUGCGGAUCGGAGAAGUGUGAGAAGGGGAUGCACACAGCAGGAUCUGCCCAACAACCCUGAGAGAUUUGACACUGCGCCCUGUGUGCUGGGCUGUGAAGGAUUCACCUCCGGCCGACAUUACUGGGAGGUGGAGAUGGAGGGGAGGGGAGUCUGUGCUGUGGGGGUGGCCAGAGAGUCUGUGAGCAGGAAGGGAGGGAUCCAGGUUAACCCUGAGCAGGGGAUCUGGGCUGUGGAGGGCUGGGGGGAUCAGUACUGGGCUCUCACGUCCCCUGAGCAGCGCAUCUGUUUGUCCCUGAGCCGGGCACCCCCCAGGAUCCGGGUUUAUCUAGACUAUGAACGGGGGCAGGUGGCGUUUUUCGAUGCUGGUAAAGAGGAUCCGAUCUUCACUUUCCCGCCGGCCUCUUUCGCCGGGGAGAGAAUCCGCCCGUUCUUCCAGGCUGGUGUUAGUGUCCCGCUCUUUGGGGUUCUUGGUACUGUGCGGCUCACCCUGUGUCCCUGAGUGCCCUGUCUGUCCCCAUGAAACAGGCUCCUCUAGCCCCCACCCUCCUGAUCUCUAUGACCUGGAGGACUCAGCCAGUCUCCCUCCGCACAGACAGGGCUGAACGGGGGUGACUCUCUACCCGUAGCUCUAUGGCUGUGGAGGUCUGUGUGAGGCUCUAG